UAACCAUGUGCAUUACCAAGAUGAUCGCUAAUUUAAAAAUGCAAUGUCAUGAGGUCAUGUGGCUACAAUGUAGCACACUACUGUUUGAAACAUUUGUGGUAUGCAACGUCAUAAGGUCAUGUAGGUACGAUGUGAAACAUUUGUGGUAUGAAGGCUACGUUCACACUGUCAGUCCAGAUCUGAUUCUUUGUGUAUACAAAUUGUGUAUCGCAACUGUUCAGAUCUGAUUUGUGCGUCCAUUCCACUUUUUCGUUUUCCGGAAUAUCUGCAUUGGUUUCUAUGGCAAUGACGUUGCUUUGGUAGUUAUACGCCAAAACAAUAACUGCAACAUGGAGGGGUUUGUAAUACAGAUGUUGUCUUAUUUACAACAUGAUGAUGUGUAGUCGCCAUGGCAGUGGCAAAAACGAAGGAGGCUGGUAUGCGUGGCUUUAUUCCGUGCUGUUUUCUCAGACGGUUUCAAAACAUGUCUCCAUUAUAUUGUUGUUUUCUGCUUGUCCAGCACUUUGCAACAACACAACUUUGCUUCUGCAGCGACUUUCAGCAUGUUUCCUAUAACAACGUCAGAUGUUUACGUUUAACGUGGCAUGAGAAAGUCACAUAAACCACGCUGAAUCCGAUUAAAGUGGUCAGACUGAAACGGAUUUCCAGAAAUGCAAUUUGAAUAGGAUUUCAAACCACAUAUGGAUGUAGCUUGAAACGGAUUUGUAAAAAUUGCAUUUAAUGUGAUUUUUUUUGCCGUUUACACUUGCUAAAUCUGAUUAGAUGUGCACAAAAAUCGGUAAAUUUUUUAUGUAUGUAAAUUUUUACAUACAACUACAAAUAGACAUAAAAUGGAAGUUGCGUUUAACUUUUCCUCUAUAUUGUGAGUGUAUAGAGUGCUGCGGUGAUGAAGUAUAGGCCAGCCUGGAAGUUGGCAUCACCCUGGUUUCCUCAACAAAAACCCAAUAUAUGAUUUUUCCAUUGGCUUUCGGAUUAUUGCAGACAACAAGCUCUGUAAUCAACAAAAGUUUAUGAUUCUUACAGGUUUUGUUAAUUGCGAUAAUCUUAACAAAUGAACACAUUAUGAAUUUUGAAGCCUAAAUGCAAUCAACAGAAGUAAAAAGCUAAAUGUAAGUUGUAAAUUAACUUCAGCAUCCGACAAAUAUCGAACAGAGGAGGGUCUACUCUGCUGGCAAAAAGAAAACGCAACAUGUAAUAAAACAAGAAUCAACAUUAGCUUGGCUUUUCGGAGAUGGCGAGAACUGAGGGAUUUGAAAUGUUGUAAAAGCGAAUCGUAGAUGGUGUUUUUAUUACACAAUAGGUAAGUAAGGUAUUUUAUUGAACAGAUAAAUCGCCAUAUGUUGCUCUCUAACGGAGUUCAUUGUAAAGCAUUAUCUAUAAGCAUAUAGUUUUCCUUAAGUUCUUCCCAAAGUUGAGCUUUAUUGGAAGACCUGUAUGGCUUAUCACAUUUCAGGUUUAUAAUUUCCCAAAGGUUUUUCAGUGGUUUUAAAUUCAGGGGACUGAGAAGGCUACUUGAAGACUUCAAAAUGCUGAGCAUGAACACUUUUAAUGCGUUUUUGGGAUCGUUAUAAUGUUGGAAAAUACACAUUUGAUCUCCAAACAGAUCCUCCAUAUUUGAUAGAUUGUGUUUCGCAGGAUUCUGAAAUAUUAGUCCAUUUUCACAAUGCCAGCAACAUUGUAGAUCCUUCCAUCACCUGCUACAGACAUGCCUCCCCAAUACCAUGUUUCCCCUGCCAUGCUUAAUGGCGCCACAUAUGCAUUUGGCAUUAGAACACCCCAUUCGUCUCCUAUGAACAUACCUGACACCAUCCAAUGUUAGGUUGUUAAAUUUUGACUUGUUGGACUGCAGAUCACUGCUCCAAUCUUCUAUAAUGCAGUCCUUAUGUUAUUUGGCAAAUGCAAGGUGUAGAUUUUUGAAGUAGAUACAACUAAUAAAUGGUUUCUUUACUGGUACACAAACUCUUCAGCCUUUUUUAGUGGUUGGCUUACAGUUCGAGAUGAAAUUGGAGGUUGGAGGUCUCGUCCAGAUGUUUAGAAGCUGUUUUGAGGUGGUCCCACAUUUAGGUGAUUUUCAUCCUCCUGUCAAAAUGCUCACUAGUCUUCCUUGACCAGCCAUGGCACUUUACUUUGUGCAUGGUAGUGGUCUCAGGGUGCUUUGAAAUAAUUCUGUGGGUAUUGUGACCAUUCACAUUCUGCACAUGAGCAAUUUUCAAAACCGAUUGGCCAGAUUUAGCCAUUUUAACAAUGGGUUGCCGAGGACAGCUCCUUCCAUCUGGUCAUUUUCACUAAAAACACUCCAGGCACAACUUAAAUAUGUAAUAAAUAUUUAAUGAAAAGUGCAAAGAAGCCAAUUUUCCUACAUUGAACAUCUCUUUUGGCCACUACUGUAUGUUUGGCCAAAGCAAUGCUUCAAGUGUAAAAAUACUAUUUUUUAAAUAUUAUGUGAAAAAGGGUGUCCAGUUUUGUUAGCAAACAAUGAGUCAAGAGCAAGAUAUUUCUUUCGGUUCAUUCAUCAAACAGAAGAGCCAGGUAUGGCGCUGUGGAUUCAGGCGCAGCAGCUGCAGGGGGACGCCCUGCAUCAGAUGCAAUCUCUCUAUGGGCAGCACUUCCCCAUUGAGGUGCGGCACUACCUGGCACAGUGGCUGGAGGCUCAGCCAUGGGAUGCCAUCGACCUGGAGAACCAGCAGGAUGAGUUUAAAGCCAAGCGCCUGCUGGAAGGUCUGAUCCAGGAGCUGCAGAGAAAGGCAGAGCAUCAGAUGGGUGAAGAUGGCUUUUUGCUGAAGAUCAAACUGGGCCAUUACGCCACACAGCUGAAGAGCUCGUAUGACCCUUGCCCUUUGGAGCUCGUGCGGUGUGUCAAACACAUUCUGUACACUGAGCAAAGACUCGUACAGGAAGCAUCCAAUGCCAGCAGUCCGGGGUCGGGUCCGGUGGAUGGGACCCCUCAAAGAUACCAGCAGAUCAACCAGACAUUUGAGGAGCUGCGUGUCAUGACGCAGGACACAGAGAAUGACCUCCGGAAGCUGCAGCACAGUCAAGAAUACUUCAUUAUUCAGUACCAGGAGAGCUUGAGGAUACAGGCUCAGUUGAGUAGUUUGGCCAGCCUUCCUCCAGCCGAGCGUGUUCAGAGAGAAUCGGGUCUGCAAAGCAGGAAGUCCACGCUAGAGGCCUGGCUCACACGAGAGGCUAACACCUUACAGAAAUACAGACAGGAAUUGGCAGAGAAGCAUCAGAGAACUCUAGCUCUGUUGAGGAAACAGCAAACCGUGAUUGUGGAUGAUGAACUGAUCCAGUGGAAGAGACGACAGCAGCUCGCAGGAAAUGGAGGACCAUCAGAGGGAGGACUGGACAUACUGCAAGCUUGGUGUGAGAAGUUGGCCGAUAUGAUCUGGCAAAACAGACAGCAGAUUCGUCGAGUUGAACACCUGACACAGCAGCUGCCCAUACCUGGACCCACAGAAGAACUUCUCACUGAACUCAACGCUACCGUCACAGAUGUCAUAUCAGCACUCGUCACCAGCACAUUUAUUAUUGAGAAACAGCCUCCUCAAGUGCUGAAGACUCAGACGAAAUUUUCGGCAACGGUUCGCUUGCUGGUCGGUGGAAAACUCAAUGUACACAUGAAUCCUCCUCAGGUUAAGGCCACAAUCAUCAGCGAACAGCAGGCCAAGGCAUUACUCAAGAACGAGAACACCCGCAAAAGUGACAGUAGUGGAGAGAUUCUGAACAACAACUGUGUGAUGGAGUACCACCAAACCACUGGCACCCUAAGCGCACACUUCAGGACCAUGUCUCUGAAACGUAUUAAGCGGUCAGAUCGCCGUGGGGCGGAGUCAGUGACUGAAGAGAAGUUUACGGUUCUGUUCGAGUCUCAGUUCAGUGUGGGAGGAAAUGAACUUGUGUUUCAUGUGAAGACAUUAUCCUUGCCUGUUGUGGUCAUCGUUCAUGGGAGUCAAGACAAUAACGCUACAGCGACAGUAUUGUGGGAUAAUGCUUUCUCUGAGCCGGGUCGAGUGCCGUUCGUAGUGCCUGAUAAGGUGCUGUGGCCGCAGUUGUGUGAGGCUCUGAAUAUGAAAUAUAAAUCAGAGGUUCAGAGUGACAGAGGCCUGUCAGAAGACAAUCUGGUGUUCCUCGCUCAGAAAGCCUUCAGCAGCUCCAGCAAUAACCCUGAGGACUACUGCAACAUGACUAUCACCUGGUCUCAGUUCAAUAGGGAGAGUUUGCCGGGCAGGAACUUCACAUUCUGGCAGUGGUUUGAUGGAGUCAUUGAGCUAAUGAAAAAACACCUGAAGUCUCACUGGAACGAUGGAGCAAUUCUGGGUUUUCUGAACAAGCAGCAAGCUCAGGACAUGUUGAUGUCCAAACCAAACGGCACAUUCCUCCUGCGCUUCAGCGACUCUGAAAUCGGAGGCAUCACCAUUGCAUGGGUCGCAGAAAACCCGAACAAAGCAGGAGAACGGAUGGUGUGGAACCUGAUGCCCUUUACCACUAAAGAUUUCUCCAUCCGCUCUCUGGCCGAUCGGAUCAGUGAUUUGAACCAUCUGCUCUUCCUCUAUCCCAACCAGCCCAAAGAGGAAGUCUUUUCCCGUUACUGCACACCUCCAAACUCAAAAGCCGUGGGGGAUGGAUAUGUCAAACCAGAGAUCAAGCAGGUGGUGAAGGUUGAGUUUUCGUCACCCAAUCCUGAACCGUCUUCUGGGAAUUCCUUCAUGGAGCAUGCAGCAUCGCCCACCGUCAAUCAACACCAUAACUUCACAAUCUAUCCAUCAAUGAAUGAAUCCAUGUUAGACACGGAAGGUGAAUUCGAUCUGGAUGAGACCAUGGACAUGGCCCGACAGGUGGAGGAGUUCCUUCGACAGCCCAUGGAAACCCAAUGGAGUGGACAACAGUCAUGACCUUUAACCCUGUGAUUUCUCAUCCCAACAACACAAAAACUCUAUGGUUCCAUUCCAUAUUUUUAUCUUAACAAAUGUGAAAUGUUACGUUUGUCAAAGCUGUUUAGUGGUGUCUAACUGCCUUUGCAUUUUUAUGAUAGUUUGAUGUGUAAUUUCCCAUCAUUAACCAGCAAAGAACAGAAUAUCAUGAUACACAUUGUGGACUUCACAAUGUGGACUUUUAUUUGGCUGGAUAUGAGUGACUGCGUUACUAGUCCAAUCUGGGUUUUCUACUUUCAUUACCCUUUACCUUUUUUGUUAUUGUCAUCUUAUAAAAACCUACUUGAUCAAAUAUUUACAUCCAAUCAGAUAGUUGGCUCAUUGGAGACAUUUAGCUGUCAGUAUUCAGUCUUCUCAAUUUGUCCACCUCCAAUUAGAAUACCAUUCAGCUGUCAUUUUUAAAAAAGCAAAAUAAGUUAACAACACAGCGGAAUCAAGCCACAACACAAUAGAAACAAGCCACAACAGAAGGGAAUCAGGUCAAAACACAAUGGAGGUGCUUCUGCACACUAGUGUGAUUAACUAACUACUUAACUAUUUUAGCUUAACUACUUUAGCUACUAAUUUGUUAGUUCCUUAUUGAUGUGUGAACCUCACCUUUAAAUAACACAACAUAUCUGUAGCGUCUAUAUCUGUAGAGCUACUUGAAAAAUGGUAGUAGUAUGAUAGUCAGAAUUUCUCCGCCUGUUAAGGGUGUGUUAAAUCCGACAAAUCAUGGUCUAAUUAUCUAACAAAAAAAAAUCCACAUUUUAACAGUUUAUAUUUGCACCAAUCUUUUUUUUAAUGGACACUUGAACUUUGCAUGUACUAAUUAUUACAUUUGAAUGAGCCAGUCAGCUCAAGACUGUAUGAUGACUUGUAUGAUGGAUACAACAUACACUUUCUAACGGUCUAACAAAAUGUAACUUUUUAACAGUUUUUACUGAUCUUUUUUAUGAACACUUGGACUGCCCAUGCGGGACAAUACACACUGAGCCAUCCUAUUGCCUAUCAGCCCAUUUCAAAGUGGCGUUUCUCAGCCACAACAGAGAGUGUGUUAAAGCUAACAAAAUUGCUUCAUACUAGGGAUAAUGACCUAACAGUUUCAGUUUUAACUAAUCAUUUUUAUGAACUAUAUUAUGAAAUAUUCUUGAACUUCCUAUGUGGGUCAAUACACAAAGCCACGUAUUGCACAGUCAGCCCAUUUCGCAGCACCGUUUCUCAGCCAUCAUAGAGGCUGUGUUAAAGCUAAUAUACUAGAAUUAAUGGACUAACAAAAUCUUUGUUUUUACUGUACCAAUAUUUUUUAUAGACACUUGAACUGUUAACCCAAAUGUUUAGCCCACCCUCUAUGGUGUCAGAGAAACUGUUGUGUUGUGGCUUGAUUCUGUUGUGUUGUGACUUGGCCCCUGUCCUUAAGGUGGUGUUAUUUCUCCCCAACUCUCCAGCAUCUCCAAGCUUUGACAAUUGAUGAAAUUUGGCACAUCACCUCAGAAUAUCCCUGCGUUCCAUGUUUAGUAAAGUUUGGAUUUUGUGCUAAAGUAUGUUUUAAAAAAAAAAAAUUAAAGUGGUGAAAAAAAAUCCUUUAGAAAUGUAAUUGCAUAUGACCAUUUGAUUUGGGGGCACUGAAGGAAUUUGGUUCAUUGUUAACAUUAACUGUAAUGACCCCUAUGAGUAGAAUUUAGCACAGUUUGGCCUAAAUUUUGAGAAUGUCCUGUUUAUCUUUACCAAGAUUUGUUAAAUGUAGAUGUACAUCUUCAGAACAAAUUGAGUAAUCAACUCUUUCGAUAACCUUUUGUGAUUUUUAUGUUUAAACUAGGCCCUUGGUUAAGGUUUAAAUAUGUACAGUAGCUUUUAAAUGCCUGGUUUCACAGACAAGGUUUAAGAUUAGUUCCAGACUAAAAUGCAUGUUUGAGCUUCUUAACUGAAAGUAACUUGCACUGACAUAUCUUAAAAUAUGUCAGUGCCAUUGUUUUGUCUCAAGACAGGUUUUUAAAAAAAGCUAAUUAAAUGUCCUAAGUUAACUAAGGCCUACUCCUGGCGUAAUCUAAGCUGUGUCUGUGAAACCAGGUCAUAAAGUUCAAAUACCAUCUUCUCAAGUCAAACAUUGUUAGGCAACACUGCAGCUUUGUGGUGCUUUCUAAAUAUUCAGCAUAUUUAACACAGCCUUGCGUUUGACAAGAACAGUUUGCUUACAUUAGUCAUAAACAGCAUGUUCUCUGAUAAACAGGUGGUUGGGCCCGUAAGUUAAAAGGUGACAAUCAUUUGAAAGCGUUUAUUAUCAUUGUCUGAUUUUGUCCAUUUCUUAAAAACUGACUCCCUCCUACCUUAGAUUCUUCAUUUUACCUGAGCCAUUGUCAUUUCCUCUUCCUGUGCCUUAAACAGCUGAGGUUUGACCAGUAGUUAUACCAAAGUCUAGUGUUAACUUGCAGAUUUCUGGCCACUUUCAAAUUUAGAUUUCAGAAAAAUACUGAACUGAAAAUAAUUUGAUGCUGCAAAACAUCUUGAUCCCAGUAAAAAUCUGAAAACAUUAUCGAUUUACUUGAGAGGUAAAACUGCAUAAGAUGUCAAGACUUGUUUUAUAAAGUUUUUUUUUUUUUUUGCCCAUUGGCAAAUGUUUUUUUCCUCUCUCCUUUUUUAACAUUUUUUCUAAGCCUUUUUUCCCUUAUAGUGAAAUGGGUUUUAUAGAUAUUAAAGCUAAUGACCAUCAUGUUAAUCAAAAAUGUUGUUUUUAAAGGGCCAGUCCAUUUUAAAAAAUAAAACACCUGAGUAAUGAAAAAUUUAAAAACAAUUUUUUCCUUCAUGUCAGUCAAGAUACCGUCGCACCCCCAAGAAUAGAUCUCAGGAAAAUAAACCUCAAAGAGAUGUCUUUAUAGUACCUAUGCAGACAGAAUUUUAUAUAAAAAAAAUUAACAAAUAUAUAUAUUGAGAAAUAGUUAUAAUUUACACAGUUGUCUCAAAAAUAAUGUUGCGAUGCAAAUAAAUUGUGCUUGAAUUGUCUUUAGAGCAAAUGUAACUUGUUUUUAAAGUGAAACUAAUGUGAUUGCUUGGCUUUAUUGUCUCUUUUUCUGUAAAAUCUACUUUUUUGAACAUUAUUUGUACUUUCAUUGUGUUGGAAAUAACAUCACAUUAUGUUCUGUAUGUAAAGGGAUGAUGUCCAGUCAGCAAGUCAUCACAACAUAAACCCCCACAGGGUGAUCAGGACCCCGUCACUAAGUGCAGGGGUUGUCCUGUUUUUUUUUUUUGUUUGUUUUUUUUGUUUUGUUUUUUAAAUAAUGACUGGCUGGCUAUAAGAUAAAUGUCUGAUUAUAUGGCUACCUAACUAAUAAAAAUAUAAAUGCA